CGUAGUUUGUGUAGAUUCUAAGCAUUCGGCUUUGUGUUUGGAUAAAAAAAUAAAUUCUCUGUCAAAAUUCAAAAUUUUAGAGGAAUGCCUCAUUUGGGUGGUUCUCGGAAGUCAUCAGUCCGCAGAGAUAUCACAAAGUCCAAAAGUGUUAGGAUGGAGGAUAGUUCGUGCUCCGAGCCGUCGACAGCGAAACGCCAGAAGCGUAAGAAGUUAGUGCGUGUUAAGGCCGGAGCAUUGGGCCCUCUCAACUCCCAACAUUUACCAGUGAAUGCCGCCACUACCAUCACGCCAAAGGACGGAGAAUUCCGUAAACGAGGCAACGGUAUCGCCUCUGGCUCUGGUGUCAAGUUAGCUCGUACCCCGCCGUUUUUGAACACAGCCGAUUGUCAAGUCAAAAAGAGUUCACUGUCCCGUAAAUGCGCUGGUGCAGCUGUGAUCACCCCGAUUGUAAGAGGUGGUAAAACUGAGGCGAGCGGUUCCCGCAAGGUUAAAUUCUCGGCUAACGUGCACACGUUCCCGACCAAUAACACGGACAAGAAGGAGCGCAUUGGCGAACUGCAUCUUAAGAAGCCUAUUAAGAAGCUAAAGCGCAAUCGUCCACUGUCGAGUGGUGGAAGGAGUGUUGUCAGCAAACUUGAUCUGUCCAUUUCGCAACAGCCCGGUUCUGUCCUUCGCAAAGACGUUCAACAAAGUGUUGCAGUAAUUGACGCUGAACCUGUGGCAACGAUACGCGAUCGCAAGACACUUCGAUCGGCUCCUAAGGCGCCCGUAGCUAGCGCCAGUCGCAAGUCCAAGAGGCUUAAGAAUUCGCGCAUCAAGGCCGGCGCAAACAACCGCCAACCGGUGGUCAUAGCCAACAGACCGUGUCCGCGUUUAGCCUACUCAGUACAGCCGGAAGUAAAACGCGAUUCCUUACUCCCAAGCAGCACAGCUAUUAAUAAGAGGGUGCAGCGCGUGCGCUAAUUCUAGGUUAGGCGUCGUGCGUGGGUGACGUAUUCACUUGCGUUAUUGCGCCAUGGAA